CAUAGGGGGAUGAUCUGUCUGCUCUGCUCCUUGCCAUUACGAAUCCAUCAACGGGUCCCAUCGCUGCAACCAUCAGGGUACUUGCCUGCCAGUCUACAUAGACCACAAAUGGUUGUAGAAGAAACGUGUGACCCAAAAGGGUUUUGCUCCUGGUUUCAGGGAAUCUGCCCCGAUUACCCUGCCGAUGGAUCUCGUCUCUGCAACCAUCAGAGAACUAUCUAUCGGCUACAUACACCACAAAUACAGCAGGUCGUGGAAAUGUCUCUGGGGGCUAAACCUACCCUCCUCAAUUUACUCCUUUGAUUUUAUCAUGCCCCCCAGAUACAACUCAGCACCUAUCCAGAUAAGUUGUAUGCAAAUGGAGGCACACAUGGGGAAUGACCCACCUUCUCUACUCUACCCUAUAUUCCUUCCCAUCCCUAUGAAUCCACUGCAUCAACGGAUCCCAUCGCUGCAACCAUCACGGUUACCAUCACGGUUACCACCACGGUUACCACCACGGUUACCAUCACGGUUACCAUCACGGUUACCAUCACGGUUACCAUCACGGUUACCAUCACGGUUACCAUCACGGUUUACCUAUAUACACUACAGAUGACUGAGAGGAAGAUAUCGAACACAGCCCUACCCUUUCAUAUACUAUUCUGCUCUGCUUCCAUCUAUCCAAUCCGCUUCUUAUUUUAAACUUCGCAUACAAGUCUGCAUCUAUCGUCUAUCUAUAUGCAAUCCGUGGAGAUGGAGGUAUGGGUGUUGUG